AUGGGUUUCCGUGGACGUCCAAAAUCGGCGUCGAGGACGACGGGGUGUGUGGCCGCCGGGGCGGGGAAGGAUGCCAUUCCGCUCAAUCUCUCCUUUGGCAACUUUGAGUUUGAGGAGAUGAAGCGCGUGGGACAACGGGGGGGCGGCGUGCGCGAGCUGGCCUCGCUGCUUCGCCACGCCAAGCGGCAGACGGAGUCCCACGCAUCCCUGCUGGGAUCUGAGACAGGCCUGGAGAAGCGGCAGGCGGAUCUGCUUGACAUUGCCCUGCGCCGCGCGUCCGGGGCGAAGGUGAAGGACGACCCGAAGCGCCUGGCGAAGGCCUUGGCAAAGCGACGCAACAAAAAACGGAGAUCGGCGAAAAAGUGGGCGGGGCGGAUAGAGAAGUUACAGCAGUCAGUGAACACCGUGGUGGAAAACCGCACGAUGGCGCGGCAGGCUGCGCGGAUGGGGCGGGAGGGUAAAGAGAAGGGGAAACAACAGAAGCGUGAAACAAAGCGGUCCGCUGGGGUGAUGGCGAAGAAGAAGGCCAAGAAGGGCGGCGACAGAAAAGGCCCUGCAGCGGCUGCGAGAGACAAGAAGCAUCGGAAGGGAAAGAAGUAA